UGGACUUGCAGCGAUGGCUUUCUACAAAGUGAUCUGUGUGGCAACUCUGCUGACUCUCCUGACACAAGAGUCUCAGUCACAACUAAGUGUCUGUGGUCAGCCUACACUCAACACCAAGAUUGUUGGAGGACAGGUGGCCACUCCAGGCAGCUGGCCCUGGCAGGCCAGUCUGCGAACCGCUGGGUCCCACUUCUGUGGAGGAACCCUCAUUAACAAUCAAUGGGUGCUGACUGCUGCUCAUUGCUGCGCAAGAUCAGGCGUAAGCACGAGCACUCUGGUUGUGUCUCUGGGUCUCCAGAGUCUACAGGGAAUAAACCCCAAUCAAGUGUCUCGCACAGUAUCACAGAUCAUCGUUCAUCCCAACUUUAACUCUGGAACUUUGGAAAACAACAUCUGCCUCCUGAAGCUCUCCUCACCCGUGACUUUCACCACCUACAUUCAGCCCGUCUGUCUGGCAGCCACAGGCAGCACCUUCUACAAGGGGACUGUCUCCUGGGCCACCGGCUGGGGCAAUGUUGGAUCUGGAGUGUCCCUUCCUUUCCCACAAAACCUAAUGGAGGUGCAGCUGCCGGUUGUAGGAAACAGAGAGUGUACCUGUAACUACGGAGUGAGCUUGAUCACAAACAACAAGAUGUGCACUGGGUUCAGUGCUGGAGGAAAGGACAUCUGUCAGGGGGAUGGAGGAGGUCCGCUGGUGAGCAAGCAGGGCGGUCGCUGGAUCCAGGCGGGAAUCACUAGUUUUACCAGUAGUAAGGGCUGUGCCCAGCCUAAUAUCCCAUCAGGCUACACCCGGGUGUCCCAGUAUCAGUCCUGGAUCAACAGCCAGAUCACCAGCAACCAGCCAGGCUUCAUCACCUUUACCUCCACUGGGACCGACGGUGACCUCAGCAUAAGCUGUCCUACCACGCCACCCCCAGCAGCCCAAGUUUGUGGUCAGCCAACACUCAACACCAAGAUUGUUGGAGGACAGGUGGCCUCUGCAGGCAGCUGGCCCUGGCAGGCCAGUCUGCAAACCUCUACAGGGUUCCACUUCUGUGGAGGAACCCUCAUCAACAAUGACUGGGUGCUGACUGCUGCUCACUGCUGUGCAAGCACAGGCAUAACCACGAGCACUCUGACUGUGGUUCUGGGUCUCCAGACUCUACAGGGAUCAAACCCCAAUAAAGCGUCUCGGACAGUAUCACAGAUCAUCAUUCAUCCCAACUAUAACCCCGUAAAUUUGGAUAACGACAUCUGCCUCCUGAAGCUCUCCUCACCGGUGGCUUUCACUUCCUACAUCCAGCCCGUCUGCCUGGCAGCUCCAGGCAGCACCUACUACAAGGGGACUCUCACCUGGGCCACCGGCUGGGGCAAUGUUGGAACUGGAGUGUCCCUUCCAUCCCCAGGAAACCUCAUGGAGGUGCAGCUGCCGAUUGUGGGGAACAGACAGUGUAGCUGUAGCUACAUAGCAGGCUUAAUCACAAACAACAAGAUGUGCACCGGGUUCACUACUGGAGGAAAGGACAUCUGUCAGGGUGAUUCUGGAGGUGCACUGGUGAGCAAGCAGGGCGGUCGGUGGAUCCAGGGGGGAAUCGUGAGUUUUACCAGUAGUAGAGGCUGUGCCCAGCCUAAUCUCCCCUCAGGCUACACCCGAGUGUCCCAGUAUCAGUCCUGGAUCAACAGCCAGAUCACCAGCAACCAGCCAGGCUACUACACCUACACGUCCACUGGGACUGACGGUGACCUCAGCGUCACCUGUACACCACCAUGAAGCACACCCUAAUGGUGAUCUGGCGGUGAGCAGAGCGGCUCUUGGUUCCAGGCAGCAGUGUUGUUAUUUGGAAACAACACCACCUUCCUGGCUCAGACACCAACACCACCAGCAACAACAGCAACAGCACUGCUGCCGGCAACAUACCAACUACCAGCGGAGGCGCUCCUGCUCACUCAUUCUUCUUCCAUCUCCACAUCUUCUCUGUGUGACAGAAGGUUUUUGAAGGAUCCAGUUGUUACGCAAAGACAAGAUGAUAAUUUGUCAUUUACAUAAAACUUCCCCUUCAAAUAACUGAAAACAGGAUGGUGUGUAUUGAUUACAUUGCAGGUAUAUUAAACUCAUGCUGUCAUAGAAUUUUCUGAAGUCAUUAACAAAUGGAUUGAAAAACACUUAAAGGAACAUAUUUUAGAGGUCAGAGGAUCACAUGUCCAUCAUCUACCUAUCUGAGCUAGUGUACCUUACUGUACAAUCAUAUCUAAAGUGAACAAGCAGCUUUUGCUCUAAAAAAUACUUAAACUGAACUUUACAUUAAUAAUUUGGUUUGAAAGAUAAAUGUCAAUUUUAAGUCUUGUCAAGUUUUGCCGUGGCAACAACUGUCCUGUAGAUGUGAAAGUGCUGAACUAUUAACCCCUUUGGAAUUUUUUUUAUCACAAUAACCUGAUUUUUAAUUAAGGGAAAUCCUUUCUGUUGGCUUUGAGCACAUGUAUGAACUCAACUCAUGCAGUCUAAUCUAAAUGUCCUGCAGGAAAUCCUCCUUCAUGAUGGUUAUAAUCUGUUUGUGUUGAAACUGUUUUAGAGACGUGCUGAUUCAACUGUAUGGUCAUUCUGGAGGCUGAAGUUGUGUUUUGUAGCCACAUGCAUGUAUCAAAAUAAAAAAAAUAAAUACACUUUUUUUGCAACAGUU